AUGUCAAGAAAGAGAGAACGUCCCAAGUCCGCUGGAAUCACUUCAUUCUUUAAACCUGUGUCAAGUCAAUCUUCUGUCGAGACUAUUUAUGUUCAGCCUGAUAGUGAUCGAGUGACUACAACUGCAGGUGUCAAGCCCACAAUUAGUUCUUGCGGUUUAAACUGCUGUCAGUUGGAAAGUGCAAAUCCCACCCGGCUACAUAUUCCUAAGGCUGAUACACUCAAAGAGUACGGCAAAGGUGAUAAGAAACGCAAACGUAAUUUUAUUACCGAAUGGCUAACGACCUAUCCAUGGCUAGUGCUCUGUAAAAGUGCCAAGAAGGCGUUUUGCCAAACUUGUCGAUAUUCACUCAGUAUACAUUUAGUGGCGAUCAGUGAAGGUGGCCGAGGGCAGGACACUUUCUUCAAAUCUGGGUUCAGUGACUGGAAAGAUGGCAUCAGACACCUAGACACUCACCAGAAGUCGGAGGUUCACAGAGAAUCGUGCGACAAACUGAGGCUCCUCAAAUACGGAACACCAAUCACACAGAUCUUCUCGAAGGCGAAUCAAGAGAUGUACGACAGGAUGAGACGGUGCUUACUCGAACAAAUAGACGCGGUUAUCCAUCAUGCUCGGGCUAACAUCCCCAUGCGUAACAAGGACGAGGCGGAAGGAAAUCUUCAGCAAUAUCCUAAAGUCACGGGAUUGAAAGAGUACUGGACCGAAACUACACCUCGCCUCAGAUUACCAACGAUAUCCUCCAGUUACUCUACCGUUCGACGCUCGACAUGCUCCUCACUCGAAUCAAAUCAGCAAAACAUCAUGGCCUUAUCAUUGAUGAAACUAGGAACAUAUCUGGAGUGGAACAGCUUUCGAUUGUACUGCGAUGGGUUGAGGACGAUUAUACGAUCCACGAAGGUCGAAGACCUCCUUGGACUACAUCAGGCGGACAAGACAGAUGCUGAGAGUCUACUUGCGAUCCUCGAGUCCGUCUUUCUGAGUCAUAGUCUAGACUUUCAGUCCCUCCGAGGUCAGACUUAUGACGGAGCAGCUGUUCUUCAAGGGGCACACAGCGGAGUCGGUGUCAGGAUUCUCGCAAAGAACCCGAACGCCAUGCUUACUCAUUGUCUGAACCACAACACCAACCUCGUCCUACAAGAGGCGGCCACUCUCAUCCCUCAUUGUACAGGUCCAGUCCAGUGA